AUGCCGAAUGCUAGUGGAGCCCCUUCAAGUAUUGUAAGACCUACUAUUUCUGCUAAUAAUUUUGAGCUUCGCCCUGCCUUAAUUCAAAUAAUUCAACAAGACCAAUUUAGUGGCCUAGAUAAUGAAGACCCUAAUGAACAUAUAACCACUUUUCUUGAAAAAUGUGAUACUGUUAAGUUAAAUGGAGUGACUGACGAUGUUAUUCGACUUGGUUUAUUUCCAUUUUCACUUAAAGAUAAAGCUAAAAUGUGGUUAAAAUCUAAUCCACCUAAUUCAUUUACAACAUGGGCUACAUUAUCUCAAGCUUUUCUUAGUAAAUAUUUUCCUCCGGGAAAAACUGCUAAGUUUAGAAAUAAUAUAACUAGUUUUGCUCAAUAUGAUGGGGAGUCUUUAUAUGAAGCAUGGGAAAGGUUUAAAGAUUUACAACGUAAAUGUCCUCAUCAUGGUGUUUCUGAUUGGUUACUAGUGCAAACGUUUUAUAAUGGUCUGAAUGAAUGUGUUAGAAUCACUAUAGAUGCUGCCGCCGGAGGUGCAAUAAUGGGUAAAACUACUAAAGUAGCUAAUAGGUUACUUGAAGAAAUGGCUUCUAAUAAUUAUCAUUGGUCUAAUAAUAGGGGUAAACCAAAGAAUGUCGUUGGUAUGUAUGAAGUAGAAGGAAUUAACAUGUUAAAUGCAAAAGUUGACAACUUAGUUAAUUUGUUUACUAAAAUGAGUAAUGUCACAUCUGUGUCUACUACUAUACCAUGUAAUUUGUGUGGAGGUGCUCAUUUGACCAAUGAAUGCAUUAAUGUGGAACAGGCUCAAUUUGUUUCUAAUUUUAGUAGGCCACCUAAUAAUGAUCCAUACUCCAAUACUUUUAAUCCUGGAUGGAGAAACCAUCCUAAUUUCUCUUGGAGGAAUCAAGUACAACAAAAUGCUAAUGUUAACUCACAAAUUCCACCUGGUUUCCAUCAAAAACAACCCCAACAAGAAAUUAGACCAUCUUGGGAACUAGCUAUUGAAAAAUUAGCUAAUGCUACUUCUGAAAGAAUUGAAAAGUUGGAAACUAAAGUUGAUCAAAUUGCUAUUUCUAAUAGAAAUGUAGAACUUCAACUUGGACAAUUAGCUAAUGCCAUCAAUUCUAGAAGUCAAGGAGCUUUGCCUAGUAAAACUGAAGUUAAUCCUAAACAACAUUGCAAUGCUGUCACUCUUAGAAAUGGUAAGGAGUUAAGUACCAUAAAAAGUACGAUUAAAGAAAAUGAGGUCGCCAAUGAAAGUGAAAAAGAGAAGGAGAAUUAUGAAGCUGAAAAAGAACCUGAAUUGACAACUCCUCCCCCAUUGAGACCUUAUGUUCCCCCUAUUCCUUUUCCACAAAGACUUAAACAAACUAAAUUAGAUAGUGAAUUUGAGAAAUUCUUGAAAAUGUUUAAGCAAUUACAUAUUAACAUCCCUUUUAUUGAUGCUUUAAUGCAAAUUCCUUCUUAUUCUAAGUUUCUUAAGGAAAUUAUGUCUAAAAAGAAGAAGUUGGAAAAAUAUGAAACCAUUGCUUUGAGUGAGGAAUGUAGUGUUGUGAUUCAGAAAAAGCUUCCCCCUAAACUGAAAGACCCAGAAAGUUUUUCUAUUCCUUGCACUAUAGGUGAUAUUAAGUUUUCCAAAGCCUUGUGUGAUUUAGGUGCAAGUGUCUCUCUUAUGCCUUUAUCUAUUUGCAAGAAGUUAGGAUUGCAUAAUAUAAAAUCUACUACUGUAUCUUUGCAACUUGCCGAUAGAUCUAUCAAAUAUCCAAUAGGAAUACUAGAAAAUGUGCUAAUUAAAGUCGAUAAAUUUAUUAUUCCUGUUGAUUUUAUAAUUCUUGAUAUGGAUGAAGAUGUGGAGGUACCUAUUAUUUUAGGUAGACCCUUUUUGGCUACUGCUGGAGCUAUUAUUGUAAUACCCCAUAUUUUCAAAAACAAUUCACAACGAGAUCUUGUUUGUCAAGUUGAUAUAAUUGAAGACAUGACUAAGAAGAAACAUGUAACUGAUGCUACUAAUGCUCUACUUGAAGUGUGUUUGAGUAAAACAGGUACUCCUCCUAAGCUUAAGAAUGGAAAGAUCUCAGACACUAAUAAAUGA